UUGCAAUACACAGUAGCUCAGUGAAGCUCAGUAAAGCGUAGAAAAGCAUUUCAAUCCAAAACAAUGAGGUAUUGAACCAGGUGUGGUCAGAGCAAGUAUUUCAGUCUGAUACUUAGAGUUAAAAUUUUAAACACAAAGAAAGACAAAAGUAAGCCAGAUUAACUGUAUUCAAGAUUUGAUACCGGGGUAACAUAAAUUGCGAGCAAACGGUAACUUAAAACAAGCUAAUAUUUCCUUGUGGAGAAAAAAGAUUUUGCUCUUAUAACAAGUGUAAAACACAUGGAAAGAUAAGUGUUGUUUCGCAGUGUUUGUUAAAUUGAUCUGGAUGACUUCUGGGGAGAAAAGGCCGACCCUGAAAAUGCCCCUGCAGGUGAUCUGCAGGUUGUGCUUGAGCUUAAAUGGGCAUUAACAAUUUGGAAAGUAUUGAGGAUGAGGCUAAAAUGGCCGACUCUGGUAGAGGUGCGUCUCCCGGGAGAACAGUUUGGAGGGUAAAAUGGCAGACUCUCCUGUGUGUGUGUGUGUGUGUGUGUGUGUGUGUGCAGUGCUGGAGUGGGCAGGACCGGGACCUACAUUGUGCUGGACAGCAUGCUGCAGCAAAUCAAGGAGCAGGGCACGGUCAAUGUCCUGGGGUUCCUCAAACACAUCCGCACGCAGAGGAACUACCUGGUGCAGACCGAGGAGCAGUACGUCUUCAUCCACGAUGCCCUGGUGGAGGCCAUUCUGAGCAGGGAGACCGAGGUUUCCUCCUCGUGUAUCCAUGGCUACGUCAACGACCUUCUGACCCCAGGGCAGUCUGGUCGAACCCAUCUGGAGAGGCAAUUCAAGCUCAUCAGCCAGACCAGCCCCAAGCAGUGUGACUACACCACCGCCCUCAGCCCCUGCAACAGGGAGAAGAACCGCUGCUCCUCACUCCUACCCGUGGAGAGGUCCAGAGUGUGUCUAUCCACAGUGGUGGGAGAGACGACGGACUACAUCAACGCCUCCUAUGUCACGGGGUACCACCGGAGCCAUGAGUUCAUCCUCACCCAGACUCCACUUCCCAAUACCACCCUGGACUUCUGGAGGAUGGUGUGGGACCACAACGCCCAGGUCAUCGUUACGCUGCCCGACGCACAGGUCACGACAGAGGAGGAGAACACGGUCAGUGUUUUCUGGCCCCGUAAGGAGCAACCAAUCAGGUGCGAGAUGUUCACCGUCACCCUGACGGGUGAAACCGGCGUGUGUCUGUCCAACGAGGACAGGAUGGUGGUGCAGGACUUCAUCCUGGAAGCUAAUCAGGAUGACUAUGUGCUGGAGGUGAGGAGGUUCCAGUCUCCCCGCUGGCCCAAUCCAGACAGCCCCAUCAGCAGCAGCUUUGAGCUCAUCAGCAAGGUGCGGGACGCCAGCCUCUCCGGAGAGGGACCCGUGGUCGUCCAGGACCUGUACGGCGGCGUCUCCGCGGCAACGUUCUGCACUCUGUGGACGCUGUCACGGCAACUGGAGCAGGAGAACCGCACGGACGUGUUCCAGGUGGCCCGGCUGACCAACCUCGCGAGGCCCGGGGUCUUCAGCGACAUCGCGAGUCUCAGAAUCGAGCAGUACCAGUUCCUGUACACGGCCCUCCUGAGCCUGGUGAACAACCAGGAGGAUGAGAGGGCGCUGCAGUGCGCGGACAACAACGGGAGCGUUCCCUGCGGCAUCGGAGACACAGCCGAGAGUCUGGAGUCUCUGAAAGAAGUGGAUGAAGUGGUGCGAACAUGGAACACCCACAAGAUCAGACCCAGGCCAGGUCAAGAUGUGCAUGGAGGUCGUCCAGUCAUCAUGUACACAGUCCCACAGGUGUACGGUGCUGAGGACAAGCUCAAAACAGUGGACGAGUGCACACCCAAGAGUCCCUGA